GGAAUUUGGAUUCAAUCACCACAGGCCGGGAAGAGUAGUGAAGCAGAGCUUCUUCUUCUACUCUAAUGAAGCUUCUCGCCCUUUGUCAUCCCCCAAACUUCUGUUCCCCUCCACAGUAUUCCCUUCGAAGCAAAUUUCAGCAGAAAAAUACUAGCUUCUGCGUGUCAUGCUCUUCAAUUGGAUCCGAAUCGGGUAAGGUCACAACCACAUCUUCGAAAGCUGAAUACAAGCCAGGCAUUAUCGAUAACUUGCUUCUUACUUUGUUCCGGAAAAAGAUGGUGGCGGAGGUUGAGUGGGAUUCUGAGAAGCCUGGAUAUGAUGGACUCAUUGAAGUGGUAAACUGUCUUAUGAUGAAAGGCCAAACCAAUUCUGAAACUCAGGAAUCAGCGGUACGAAUUUUGAAAUCACUGUUUCCUCCGUUAUUAUUAGAGCUUUUUAAAAUGCUAAUAGCACCUUUAGGUAGCGGAAAAAUUGCUGCUAUGAUGGUUGCAAGGGUAACUGCACUCUCUUGCCAAUGGCUCAUGGGUACAUGCAAGGUUAACGCCAUUGAUCUUCCUGAUGGAUCAUCUUGUAGAAGCGGGGUGUUGAUAGAAAAAUGCAAAUAUUUGGAAGAAAGCAAAUGUGUAGCAAUUUGUAUAAAUACAUGUAAACUGCCAACACAGACUUUCUUCAAGGACUACAUGGGUGUUCCUUUACUGAUGGAACCUAAUUUCAGUGACUAUAGCUGUCAGUUCCAGUUUGGAGUUCUUCCUCCUCAGCCAUCAGAGGAUAAGACCCUCAAGGAGCCUUGCUUGGAAAUGUGCCCAAAUGCUUUUCAGCAUCAAGGCAGAGGAGUUCUCAGAGAUGAAGCACAAUGCUCAAAGGUAAACUGAAUCUUUCCUCUUCUCCUAGGGACAUUGUAUAGCAUUAAUUAUGCGCUAAACAUCUCUCUCUC